CCAAGUCAGGUCAAAAGCGCACCUAGCUGUAGCUUGUCUCCUUCCUCUUUCUACUCAUUCAUUAAUUUAUUAACCGAAGAUGAUGACUGGUGGAUAUGAAGCAGCGUUAAAGUCUUUAACCUUAUUUUAAGGCGUGCUGUCCCAGCUCUUUUCGUGUCUCUCAGGGACUCUCAGCCUGCUCUCCCUCUGUGGCCUCCUUUGUGCUAAAACAACUUCUGCACUCACCAAAUUCAGGAACCAUGGCCCAGCAACAACAGAUAAGUCUACCAGCCAAACUGAUCAAUGGAGGGAUUGCAGGCAUGGUAGGAGUCACCUGUGUGUUCCCAAUCGACUUGGCCAAGACCCGCUUGCAGAACCAGCGCAGUGGGCAGCAAAUCUACAAGAACAUGAUGGACUGCCUAGUGAAGACAGUUAAAUCUGAAGGGUACUUUGGCAUGUACAGAGGUGCUGCAGUAAAUCUAACCCUGGUAACCCCAGAGAAGGCCAUCAAACUAGCUGCUAAUGAUUUCUUUCGCCACAUGUUGAGCAAAGAUGGUGGUAAGUUGACAGUGUUCAAGGAGAUGCUGGCGGGAUGCUGUGCGGGGAUGUGCCAGGUUAUUGUCACCACACCCAUGGAGAUGCUCAAGAUCCAGCUGCAGGAUGCAGGCAGGAUAGCUGCCCAGCAGAGAGUGAUGCCCACUGUUGUAACAACUCUGAAGAUGGGCGGGACCAGCGCGGUUCUUAGCCGUUCCUAUAACACCAUCCCUGGGCCUCAAGCCAUGCGAAUUUCUGCCAUACAGAUCACCAGAGAGCUGCUGAGGACCAAGGGUGUUACAGGACUCUACAGGGGUCUUGGGGCCACAUUGAUGAGGGACAUCCCAUUCUCUGUUGUGUACUUCCCUCUCUUUGCACAUGUGCACCAGCUUGGCCAGCAUUCAUCUGACGACCCAUCCGUCCCUUUCUAUUGGUCCUUUUUAUCUGGCUGCUUGGCUGGAUCCAUUGCCGCUGUGGCUGUCAGUCCUUGUGAUGUGGUCAAAACAAGGCUCCAGUCACUCAGAAAAGGAACUAAUGAAGAAACCUACAGUGGCGUGGUGGACUGUAUCAGGAAGAUCCUGAGAAAAGAGGGUCCUGGAGCUUUCCUCAAGGGAGCUACUUGCCGGGCCCUUGUCAUAGCCCCACUCUUUGGCAUUGCACAGGUUGUGUACUUUGUGGGUGUUGGAGAGUUCCUGCUGGGGUACACACCCUACAACAUCUGCUCUGCAUAAAAAAAAGCUGUUUCCAACCUUUGCCGGUUUAUUAAAUUACAGCAGCUAUGCCCUGAGCGUAGCAAUG